AUGAUUGCUACUACCGUGGAAAGCCCUUUCUAUGAUGCUGUGAUCAUCGGAGCAGGCUUUGGGGGCAUUUACCAGCUUUAUUCACUGUUGAAGCUAGGCUUGUCGGUCAGGGUGCUCGAGAAAGCCCACGGAUUAGGAGGGACAUGGCAUUGGAAUCGCUAUCCAGGAGCUAUGAGUGACACCCCGUCCUACGUGUAUCGGUACUCUUGGGACAAAGAAGACCUCCAGCAAUAUGCUUGGAAAGACAAUUACCUGGAUGCGAAGGACAUUCUCACCUACCUGGAGCAUAUCGUCGAGCGUCAUCGUUUACGCGAACACAUGCAAUUCAACACCGAGGUUCUGUCCGCGAGGUGGUGCGAAGAAGAUGGGAUUUGGCUGAUCGAAACCGACAAUGGCGGCGCUUUCCGGGCUCGCUACCUGAUUACAGCCAUUGGCCUCCUCAGUGCGGAGAACUGGCCGAGCAUUCCCGGUAGGGAGACGUAUAAAGGGGAACUGUACCAUACAGCACGAUGGCCAGAGUCUUACGACUUUAGCAACCAGAGAGUUGGCGUCAUUGGAAAUGGCUCGACGGGCGUCCAGGUGAUCACCGAUAUAGCGAAGAGGGCGGGAUCACUUCUCUGCUUCCAGAGGCAUCCUCAGUAUACCGUGCCUGCCGGGAGACGGGCUGUGACCAAGGAAGAGCGCGACGCCAUCAACUCGACGUACGACGAAAUAUGGCACAACGUCAGACACAGUAUCGGAGGAAUGGGUUUCGAAGAGGCCAAGGUCGCCGCCAUGAGCGUCUCCGAACAAGAGAGGGAGCGGGUCUAUCAGGCCGCAUGGGACAAAGGCGGCGGCUUGAACUUCCUCCUCGGGACCUUCAACGACAUCACCUUUGACGAGACGGCCAACCGGACGGCGUGCGACUUCAUCAAGGGCAAAAUCGCGCAGAUCGUGCACGAUCCGGAGAAGAGGCGCAAGUUGAUGCCCACCGAGCUGUACGCGCGUCGCCCGCUGUGCGACACGGGCUACUACGAGCAGUUCAACCGCGAGAACGUGGACAUUGUCGACAUCCGCACCAACCCCAUCGCAGAGUUCACCAGCGGCGGGAUCAGGCUGUCAGACGGCACCGUCUACGACCUGGACGUCAUCAUCUGCGCCACCGGUUUCAACGCGUUCGAUGGUGCCUACAGGAGAAUACGCUUCGAGGGCCGUAACGGACUCACGCUGGAUGAGUACUGGAAGCAGCAAGGGGGAGUAGUCACCAACAUGGGCGUCGCUGUGGCUCAAUUUCCGAAUCUUUUCAUGAUUCUCGGCCCGCAGUCUCCUCUUGCCAAUGUUCCGCCCAUGCUGGAGGCGCACGUCGAAUUCAUCACCAACGCUAUCAAACGGGCCGAGGAGCACUCAAAAAGGCAGCAGCAAGAUGCUGCUACUGGGCCGUCUCCUCAUCAAAAACCUCAGGCAGGCAAGGUGAUUGAGACAACUCAGGAAGGCGUGGAUGAAUGGGGCAAGCUGUGCAACUUCGUCAGCGACAAGAUGUUGUUCAAAACGUCUGAUUCGUACUUUUACGGAGCCAACGUCGAGGGCAAGACUCGUUCUGUCCUGGUUUUCUUGGGUGGUCUGGGCAUGUUCAUCCACAGGCUCAACGAGAGUAAGGACGGCGGAUUCAGUGGUUUCCAUCCAUUCUAA